AUGAUACGCAGCGAGAAGGAGAGCACGCUCCACUUGGUGCUUCGGCUCCGUGGCGGCGCCAAGAAGCGCAAGAAGAAGGUGUACACCACUCCCAAGAAGAUCAAGCACAAGCACAAGAAGACCAAGUUGGCUGUUCUGAAGUACUACAAAGUCGACAGUGAUGGCAAGAUUGAACGCCUCCGUCGCGAGUGCCCCAACGAGACUUGUGGUGCUGGUGUAUUCAUGGCUGCCAUGCAGGAUCGUCAAUACUGUGGUCGCUGCCACCUGACGUAUGUUUUUGGCGAGAAGGACUAA